CCACUUCCGCCGUAGGUUCUGUUCUGUUCACCAUCCCAUCCACCAUCUACACCUACUUCUUCUACCUACCUGCUAUCAAUCAUGGCUACCUCCUCCUCCCCCUCCUCCAUCCACGUCUCGACUCAUCCAUGCGUGCGCGCAAAGCUCAGUCAGCUGCGUUCGGGCUCGACAUCCGCCAGAGACACCAAGACGUUGGUGCAUGACAUCGCAACCAUUGUGGGCGUCGAGGCGCUCGCAAAGGGUCUCGAAGUCGAGAGCACAGGCACACGACCAAUCGGCAUGACAUGAGAGCUAAUCGUAUGCGUGUGUGUGUGGUUGCGCGUCACUACUAUAGGAUCUCUCUCCUCUCGGCUACACCUACAAUUCCGAAAACAUCUCGCCAUCGAGCAUCAGUCUCGUACCCAUCCUGCGAUCGGGCUUGAGCAUGGUCGAAGCCGUGCAAAACUUGCUGCCACACCCCGUCUCCGUCCACCAUCUGGGCAUGUACCGCGAGAAGAGCACGAUGCAACCGGUGGAAUACUACAAUAAUCUGCCCUACCACAAGUCGGGCGAGGCCUCGACGGUGCCUCCGUUGGCCAUUAUCGUGGAUCCCAUCAUUGCGACGGGCUCGACGGUGUGUGCGGCUAUUGAGACGUUGAAGGACUGGGGCGUGCAGAGGAUCAUCUCCAUCUCGAUAUUGGCGAGUCAGAGUGGUCUGCAGAGAGCUGCGGAAGCGUGGCCGGAGGGAGUGGAGCUGUGGGUGGGUGGUGUGGAUGCGGAGACGGACGAGCGUGGGAUGAUCAAGCCGGGAUUGGGCGACAUAGGUGAUCGCUUGUAUCUGACACUGGGGAAGUGAUGAUGGAAAAGCAGUGGAUACAAUGGAAUAGCAGCAGCAGCCAUGGAGUAUUCCAUUCGCUCGGCGGGCUUGAGUCCAGAAAGCUUUGUUGUACGAGUCUUGGUGCUCGUCUUGGUUGUACCGAGCUUGUUAAGAGUACACUCUCCAGUAUAUCAGAACUUCUUGGACCAGAAUUGCAGCUUGUUGAAUAGUAGUAUACUCGUGUGUCAGCACAGCGACAAGUAGUUUAGGCUGUACAGUACCUCCUCGUAACAUGUGAAAGUUCACUUGAG